CUUGCUGCAAUGCAAGUGCGGUUUCAUGCAUGCAUGAGGGUGUCUAGCUAGCUAGUGGCACCCAGGCUUACCCUAGGUGAUCUGUAUUCACAGCAGCCACAAAGCUUGUAUUUUAGGAUUUAUUUCAUGCACGUUCACUUAAAGGUACAAAGUAUUGUAAUGCAUUUCUCUAAAAAAUGCUCCGUUUUUAAAGUGGUGCUCAGUGCCCUUCUCCUUGUUGCACUGUUGCAGCUUUUAUAUCUGUCUUUCAUCUCAAAAUUGCAUGGCAAACAGCAGCGCUACAAGUAUUCUGAGCUGUUUGGCUCCAAAAAGACCUCACAUCAAGAAAGAAAUCCCAGGCUAGAACAUCUUAGAUAUUCUUUAUCCACAGGUGGCAUCUUCGAUGGUAGCGGACAGUACCGUGUGUAUAAGAAUUUAAUCAAAAGUGACUUUUCUACCAAUCAGAAGCCAGGUGCAGAUCCAAGAUCACACCACCUGGCUUUGGCUUCGCAUACUACUAGUAAUAACCUUCAUCAUUUGAACUCUUUGCUGGAGCGCUGGCAGAAUCCUCUGUCCGUCGCCAUAUUCGCCCACGGCCAAGAUGUCAAGUUUGCCACCACCUUUGUAUAUGCCCUCAGCCUCUUCUGUCCUCAGAUUCAAGCUCUGGUGGACUUCCAUCUGGUCUGCCACUCAGGAGAGAUGGCCAGCUUUCCAGAGCAGGACAGAGGGCAUUUUGAUGGGCUUGAAGAGAAAGGGUAUAUUGGUGUCUUUGCAAAGCUUGAAUCCUACCGAGACAAGUAUAAAAACUACGCCAUUGACAGCAAUGUUUCGUACCCCAAUAACCUCCUCCGUAACGUGGCCCGAAGUGGCACAGAUGCUGCCUAUAUCAUGGUGAUUGACAUUGAUAUGAUCCCUAGUGCUAAUUUACACCACCAGUUUGUGACCAUGUUGAUGAAACAUGAACCAGCAGCGGACAAAGUCCUCGUGCUUCCUGCUUUUGAAAUCAGACACACUCGUAAAAUGCCGGCCUCUAAGUCAGAGCUGGUACAGCUCUAUCAGGUUGGGGAGGUGCGGCCGUUCUAUGAUGAACUUUGCCCUCGUUGUCAGGCUCCCACUAACUACUCUCAGUGGGUCAAUCUGCCCAGCAAAAGCUCUGGGCCAAUGGAGGUGGCGUACACUAUAAAUUGGGCGGAUCCAUGGGAGCCCUUCUACAUUGGUGCUCAAUCCGUUCCUCUAUAUGAUGAAAACUUCAGGCAAUAUGGCUUCAACCGCAUCAGUCAGGCCUGUGAGCUUCACAUAGCAGGUUACAGAUUCUCUGUUGUGAGCAAUGCCUUUGUGGUGCACAAAGGGUUUAAGGUCCAGGGAGAUUUCCACAGCAGAAAGGACGAGGAGAACCAAAAAAAACGUCUCUUCUUUCGGAGCUUUAAGGAGAGUUUGAAGGCAAAGUAUCCCAACUCUCCUCACCGCUGCUAGACUAUUGUUGUCAAAAAUGUGAAGUCUUCACAACACAUGCAGAAACCUGACCCUAAUCAGCAUUUUCCAGACAUACAGAGGCUUGGAUUUAAUAGCUGCACAAAACUGGACCUAAGAAACUGUCUGUAGUUUUCUGUGCAUUUCAAAUGGCAACUUGCUUGUCAAAUAGGUCGAUGCUCAUAUAAAAUACUCAAAGUAUUUUAUUCAUCGAGGUUGAGAAUGGUUUGAUG